GAGCCCACAGGAAGUCUAAGAGCGCAGCCACGGCGUCAGAUUCUUCCGCCGAGCGCGGCGCUGCGUCCCUCGGCUCGGCCCCCAGUCUGCUCCAAAUUUCCUCUCUGGCCGCCGUCCGUCUGCUUCAGGCCUCCCGGAUGCUGGUUUUCCGGCCAGUAGUCCCGGCGACGCUGCCUGCCGGCGCUCGGGCAUAAGCCCGGCCUGGACCGCGGAGGGCGGACGCGCGCCGCCGGGACCCGCCCCCGAGACCCGCCCCCGAGCGACACGCACUUCCGGCGGCGCGGCGGCGGGGACGGAACCCGGCGGGCGGUGAUGGACGCGCUGGCGGUCAUGAUGCAGGACCUCCUGACCCAGAACCGUGCGCUGCGCAGGGAGAACAAAGAGCUCAUGGACCAGGUGCGGCGGCUCCUGUGCGAGAAAGCCAACCUGCUGGCCCAGGUGCGCCCGCCCGCCUGCCCGGUGGCUUUUCCCGAGACGUUCAAAGGCGACUCCGCUCGGCUUCCCGAGUUUUUGAUUCAAGCGGCGUCUUACAUGAGGUUCUUUGAGGCCAGGUUCUCGAACGACAUCCUCAAGGUGGCGUUUUUAAUCAGCCGCCUCAGUGGGCCGGCCGAGGAGUGGGUUGUCCCCUACAUCGAGAGGGAGAGCCCCAUCCUGGCGCAUUACGAGGGCUUCGUGGACGCGCUGAAGCGGGCCUUUGGCAGGAACGGGUAGGAAACGGCAGGGCUGCGAGCCCCACGGACCGGGUCGUGCUUGGCCGUGACUCACAAAGAGCUCUCCAGUUCCCACCUGCUGGGCCCAACCCUUGCGAGGAAGCCCCGCUGCCUUUGCACUCGGCCCAGCAACGCGGCCACUGGCGGGGGACUUGUUAGCAAUUGAACAGACCACCCCGAAUCGCGCCCCUGCCACCUCUCGUCUCUGAAAACUGCUGCUGCCCGCCCUGGACGAUCUGUGCCAGCCUGGGAAGUGCCUGAGCUUGUCACACGCCUGGGGACACCGAUUUGGAGACCUCAGGUCCGGAGACAGCUGCCAGGGUUCGCGUGGCUGGCAGACAAAUAUUGACACUCCUGCCCCAGGAACCUGUUUUUCACAUACUUCGUUUCUGUUCUGAAACCACAACAGGCUCAGAGACUGUGCCUUUUAUCAGAAAAGUCCAGGCGCUGAACAGUACAUGGAAAACGUAUUUACUUUUAAAAUGUAAUAUAUGUAUCUUAACAGCACCGUAUAUUGGGGACUGUACUUGGGGUUACAGGAGAAACAGAUGAAUAAGACCAAAUGUAUAUCUCCACAGGAACACAAUUGUGAGAAAAAAUUCUAAGUGCAUAUUCUGAUGUCUGGUAAAAUAAUGCUUUCACGUGCAGAGAAUGGCAUAUUUGCUUCUUGUUUUAUGGCCUUUUCACAUCACAGUUUUAAAAUACAUGUUAAAAACAUGUGCAGCUUACAAAGGAGGCAGAAAACCCAACUUGAGCAAUUUCUGUGUUUGCUCCUGAAUCUGGCAAAGAUGGUGUUUUUAAAGAUGGGUGCAACUUGUAGCAAAAAGAAGGGGGAGCAGGGAAUGGUGCAUUCUUUGAGCUGUAUCCACUCACCUUUAUUCCCCUGUAUUAAAUGACUUGGCUGCUUCCUUUUUUGUAAAUUACAGUUUUGGUCUCAGUUUUUCUUUUGUAAUUAAAGGCAUUACUUGAUCAUUAAAA